AUGCUGGGCAUCGCCCGUGAUCCGUUGGAGCAUACGAGCAUGUAUGAGCGAGGCUCAGAUGAUAGCGAGGACAGCGAUGGCGAGGGCGGAUUGGGCAAUGUGUCCCGGGUGAUAAUACGACCGCCCGGCCAAAGUGGCAAGGCGAAGCGAGGACAUUUGUGCUUCGAUGCGGCUUUCGAGACGGGCAAUCUGGGCAAGGCGGAGCUGGUGGGUGAAUUCGAAUACGAUUUAUUUUUACGGCCGGACACAUGCAAUCCACGCUUUCGCUUCUGGUUCAACUUCACCGUGGACAAUGUGAAACAGGACCAGCGGGUGCUCUUCAACAUUGUCAACAUCAGCAAGAGUCGCAAUCUCUUCAACUCGGGACUGACGCCCCUCGUCAAAUCCUCGAGUCGACCCAAGUGGCAGCGUCUCUCCAAGCGGCAAGUGUUCUUCUAUCGCUCCGCAAUGCAUCAGGGCCACUAUGUGCUCAGCUUUGGCUUCAACUUUGACAAGGAGGAGGAUGUUUAUAUGUUCGCUCUCGCAUCGCCUUACAGCUAUUCUCGUUUGCAGUCCUAUUUAAAUGUGAUCGAUGCGCGGCAGGGCAACGAGAAGCGUUUCACGCGAUGCGUGCUAAUUAAAUCAUUGCAAAAUCGCAAUGUGGAUCUGCUGACGAUUGAUCAGGUGACGCACAGUCAACGUACGACAAAUCGCUUGGAGCGCAGUUUUAUUCGGGUCAUUGUCAUCCUGUGUCGGUCGCAUUCGAGCGAGGCGCCCGCUUCGCAUGUGUGCCAGGGCCUGAUUGAGUUCCUGGUGGGCAAUCAUCCGAUAGCGCAUGUGCUGCGCGAGAAUUUCGUCUUUAAAAUAGUGCCAAUGGUCAAUCCGGAUGGUGUGUUCCUCGGUAACAAUCGCUGCAAUCUGAUGGGGCAGGACAUGAACCGCAAUUGGCAUGUGGCGUCUGAGUUUACACAGCCCGAGUUGCAUGCAAUACGCAAUGUUCUAAAAGAAUUGGAUAAUUCAGAUACAUAUCAGAUUGAUUUUGUGAUCGAUCUGCAUGCGAAUAGCAGCAUGCACGGCUGCUUCAUCUAUGGCAACACCUACGAGGAUGUCUAUCGCUAUGAGCGACACUUGGUCUUCCCGCGUCUCUUUGCCAGCAAUGCCAAGGAUUAUGUUGCCGAGCACACCAUGUUCAAUGCGGAUGAGCGCAAGGCGGGCAGCCUGCGACGCUAUUGCUGCGAACGUCUCAGCGACACAGUGAAUGCUUACACAUUGGAGGUGUCCAUGGCGGGGCACUAUCUGCGCGAUGGCAAAACGGUGGCGCUCUACAACGAGGAUGGCUAUCAUCGCGUUGGACGCAAUGUGGCACGUACUCUGCUGCAAUACUAUCGCUUCAUCAAUGUGCUGCCAGUGCCGCUGGUGUCCGAGAUGCGGUUGCAGGGCGGCGGCAAGCGUGGGCGUGGACGUCCCCGCACACAUCACUCCCGCUCCCGUUCGCGGACACGCUACGAAGUGAAACCCAGAGCGAAGACGACGCGUUGUCAUGCGCCCAUUUCGUAUACCAAUCUGAGCAUUUGCUAUGACUCAACGGGAGGCGUCGGUGGCGGAGGAGUCUCCUCGGAUGAGGGCGGUUUCUCACCGACGCGUCCUUUAACAAUUGCGCCGGGGAGCAGCACAUUUAGUGGCUGUCGCAAUUAUCGACGAGCGGCAACCGCCGCCAGCUGUGGCCACGAUCAGUAUUCCGAGCUAAGCAGCCGACACAAGAGAGUGACGCGAGCACGCGAGAGGGAGAGAGAGCGAGAGAGAGAGAGAGAGCACACAAUUGAGUCGAUGGGCGUCUGUGUGCCGCCCAAGCCGUACCUGUCCAUCAUCGAUCUGAAUCAGCUGACGCGGGGCAGCUUAAAACUCAAAUCGAGCAGCUUCGACAGUUAGCUUCAGCUCUAAUUGAAUUUAUACACUCAGCUAAAUAAUCAACCUAAAAUUUAGUACAUCGCCAUAUUAUUCAGCAAGAAAAUUUCAGUUUAGAUUUUUCUAAAAAUUAGAAAUAUAUAUGUUAAAUUUCCAGGGUGAUGUUUUCCAUGUGCUUAUGCUUAGAAGAAUUGUUAUAUUAGCUAAUUUGUUAAUUCAAUAUAAAUUAAUUCGGAAAUAACUUAAACUGUAAUUUAAA